AUGAUUAGAUUAGAGAAAGUAAAUCUCCGAAGCUUGAGAAGUAUUGCCAAGAUCAUAGGGACAAUCGUGUGCGUUGCUGGAGCUGUUGCCACAGCAUUGCUUAGAGGCCCAAAGCUACUGAACACAGAAUUGCUACCAACAAAACGUGUCUUUGGCUCCGAAUCUGAGAAUUGGUUGUUGGGUUGUCUGCUAUGCUUCGGAAGCAGUUGUUGCUGGUCACUUUGGCUAAUUUUGCAGGGGGUUAUAGGCUCAGGGUUUUCCUUCUUUGUUCAAGCCUGGUGCAUUUCACAAAGAGGACCACUGUUCAGUGCUUUGUUCAAUCCUCUAUGCACGGUUAUAGUGACCAUAUUUGCAGCUAUAUUUCUGCAUGAAGAGAUCUACACUGGAAGCUUGUUAGGUGCUGCUGGUGUGAUAAUUGGAUUAUAUAUUGUGCUAUGGGGCAAGGCCACAGACAAUGAAGAGUUGAAUGCAGAGAUAGAGCCAAUAUCACAAAAUGAUCAAAUAGAGAGUGUUCAAGUCUUCAUGGAUGAAUCAAUAGAGAAGACAAUCUGUAGAAUUAAUUUGCAAGAACCCCUUUUGUCCACAAAGAAUUGA